GGGGAAACCCGGGGCCCAAGCUGGGGAACCGGUCGCAAGGGGGCCGGCGCGGCUGGGCCGGCCGGAGGCGGAUCCACUGGACUUGAUACCCCAAGUCCCAACUUGCCGCCAUCAUGUCGAGCACCGUGUCCAUCCUUCAGCAAUUUGCCAGUGGCCUGAAGAGCCGCAAUGAAGAAAUCAGGGCAAAAGCGGCCAAGGACUUGCAGCAUUAUGUCACCAUGGAGCUCCGUGAGAUGAGCCAGGAGGAAUCUACCCGCUUCUACGAUCAGCUGAAUCACCACAUAUUUGAACUGGUCUCUAGCUCUGAUGCGAACGAGAGGAAAGGAGGCAUUCUGGCUAUAGUGCUGUUGAAAGGUGCCGGAUUGACAACCCUGGACACUGAUGGCCUCUUUAUCUACAGAGCAGCAAGCCUUAUCGGCGUUGAGGGAGGCAAUGCCACCCGCAUCGGCAGGUUUGCCAAUUACCUUCGGAACCUCCUCCCCUCCAAUGACCCCGUCGUCAUGGAGAUGGCGUCCAAGGCCAUCGGGCGCCUUGCUCUGGCAGGUGAUACCUUCACGGCAGAAUAUGUGGAGUUCGAGGUGAAACGGGCUCUGGAGUGGCUGGGAGCUGAUAGGAAUGAAGGUCGAAGACACGCAGCUGUUCUGGUCCUGCGUGAGCUGGCGAUCAGCGUGCCCACCUUCUUCUUCCAGCAGGUGCAGCCGUUCUUCGAUAACAUCUUCGUUGCUGUGUGGGAUCCCAAGCAGGCCAUCCGAGAGGGAGCCGUGUCUGCCUUACGAGCCUGCCUUAUCCUCACCACCCAGCGGGAGCCAAAGGAGAUGCAGAAGCCACAGUGGUACAGACACACAUACGAAGAGGCAGAGAAAGGUUUCGAUGAGACUUUGGCCAAGGAGAAGGGUAUGAAUCGUGACGACCGAAUCCACGGUGCCUUACUGAUCCUCAACGAAUUAGUGAGAAUCAGCAGCAUGGAGGGAGAGCGCCUUAGAGAGGAGAUGGAGGAGAUCACACAGCAGCAGAUGGUGCACGACAAAUACUGCAAAGACCUGUUGGGCUUUGGUACAAAACCUCGCCACAUCACCCCUUUCACCAGCUUCCAGUCUGUACAGCCCCCGCAGUCGAACGCCUUGGUGGGGCUCCUGGGGUACAGCCCCCAUCAAGGAAUUAUGGGGUUUGGAGCCUCGCCUGUCCCAGCAAAGUCAACGUUGGUCGAGAGUCGAUGUUGUCGGGAUCUGAUGGAGGAGAAGUUUGAUCAGGUGUGCCUCUGGGUUUUGAAGUGCAGAACCAGCAAGAACUCUCUGAUCCAGAUGACCAUCCUCAAUUUACUCCCACGGCUGGCUGCUUUCCGGCCUUCUGCGUUCACAGCUGAUCAGUACCUUCCAGACACAAUGAACCACAUCCUGAGCUGUGUGAAGAAGGAGAAGGAGCGAACAGCAGCCUUCCAAGCCUUGGGAUUGCUUUCUGUGGCCGUGAGGUCUGAGUUCCAGGCCUACUUGCCCAAGGUCCUUGAAAUCAUCAAAGCAGCACUCCCACCAAAAGAUUUCGCCCACAAGAGGCAGAAGUCCAUGCAGGUGGAUGCCACAGUCUUCACCUGCAUCAGCAUGCUGGCACGAGCUAUGGGACCCUGCAUCCAGCAGGAUAUCAAAGAGCUUCUGGAACCCAUGUUGGCUGUGGGACUGAGCCCAGCUCUGACUGCUGUGCUCUAUGACUUGAGUCGUCAGAUCCCCCAGCUGAAGAAGGACAUCCAGGACGGGCUGCUGAAAAUGCUCUCUCUCGUUCUGAUGCACAAACCUCUCCGGCACCCAGGCAUGCCCAAGGGCCUUGCCCAUCAGCUGGCCUCUCCCAGCCUCACCAACAUCCCCGAGGCCAGCGAUGUGGGCAGCAUCACCCUUGCCCUGCGCACACUGGGCAGCUUCGAGUUCGAAGGCCAUUCUCUGACCCAGUUUGUCCGGCACUGUGCGGAUCACUUCCUGAACAGUGAGCACAAGGAGAUCCGGAUGGAGGCGGCCCGCACCUGCUCUCGCCUUCUCACGCCCUCCAUCCACUUGAUCAGUGGUCAUGCCCAUGUGGUCAGCCAGACUGCAGUGCAGGUGGUGGCAGAUGUUCUCAGCAAACUGCUCGUGGUUGGGAUAACAGACCCAGACCCCGAUAUCCGUUACUGUGUGUUGGCCUCCUUGGACGAGAGGUUUGAUGCCCAUCUUGCCCAGGCAGAAAAUCUGCAGGCUCUCUUUGUGGCCCUGAACGAUCAGGUGUUUGAAAUCCGAGAGCUGGCUAUCUGCACCGUGGGCCGGCUGAGCAGCAUGAACCCUGCCUUUGUCAUGCCUUUCCUGCGCAAGAUGUUAAUACAGAUCCUGACGGAGCUGGAACACAGUGGUGUUGGCAGAAUAAAGGAGCAGAGCGCCAGGAUGUUGGGUCACUUGGUUUCCAAUGCCCCACGACUCAUUCGUCCAUAUAUGGAGCCCAUCCUUAAGGCAUUGAUUGUGAAACUGAAAGAUCCUGACCCAGAUCCUAAUCCAGGGGUGAUUAAUAAUGUCUUGGCUACCAUAGGGGAACUGGCCCAGGUCAGUGGGCUGGAGAUGAGGAAGUGGGUGGAUGAGCUUUUCAUCAUAAUCAUGGACAUGCUCCAGGACUCCUCCUUGCUGGCAAAAAGACAAGUGGCUCUGUGGACACUGGGACAACUGGUGGCCAGCACAGGUUAUGUGGUGGAGCCGUACAGGAAAUACCCAACCUUGCUGGAUGUGCUGCUGAACUUCUUGAAGACCGAGCAGAACCAGGGCACUCGGAGAGAGGCUAUCCGUGUGCUGGGACUGUUGGGGGCUUUGGACCCUUAUAAGCACAAAGUGAAUAUUGGCAUGAUUGACCAGUCGCGAGACGCUUCGGCUGUCAGCCUGUCGGAGUCUAAAUCCAGCCAGGAUUCUUCUGAUUACAGUACCAGUGAGAUGUUAGUGAACAUGGGAAACCUCCCUCUGGAUGAGUUCUACCCUGCUGUCUCCAUGGUAGCGCUGAUGAGAAUCUUCCGCGACCAAUCCUUGUCCCACCAUCACACUAUGGUAGUCCAAGCCAUCACCUUUAUUUUCAAAUCCCUCGGGCUGAAGUGUGUGCAGUUCCUGCCCCAGGUCAUGCCAACGUUUCUCAAUGUAAUUCGGGUUUGCGAUGGUGCCAUCCGAGAGGUAAAAGAAGAUGGUGAAAGUGUACUGGGGAGAAGAGCUGAGUUCCUGUUCCAGCAGCUAGGAAUGUUGGUGUCUUUUGUGAGGAGCCAUAUUCGACCCUAUAUGGAUGAAAUUGUCACCCUUAUGAGAGACUUCUGGGUCAUGAACAAUUCUAUACAGAGCACAAUUAUCCUCCUUAUUGAGCAAAUUGUGGUGGCUCUUGGGGGCGAGUUCAAGCUCUAUCUGCCUCAGCUCAUUCCUCACAUGUUACGGGUCUUCAUGCACGACAGUAGCCCAGGACGCAACGUCUCUGUCAAGCUGUUGAAUGCGAUCCAGCUGUUUGGCGCUAACUUGGAUGACUACCUGCAUUUGUUACUACCUCCCAUUGUAAAGCUGUUUGAUGCCCCAGACGUCCCCCUGGUGGCUCGCAAAGCUGCUCUGGAGACUGUGGACCGCCUGACAGAAUCCCUGGAUUUCACUGAUUAUGCUUCACGGAUUAUUCACCCCAUCGUGCGGACACUAGAUCUAAGCCCUGAGCUACGGCCAACUGCCAUGGAUACAUUGUCCUCUCUGGUCUUCCAGCUAGGGAAGAAGUAUCAGAUUUUUAUCCCGAUGGUGAACAAGGUCCUGGUGCGUCAUCGAAUAAACCACCAGCGGUAUGAUGUUCUCAUCUGCAGGAUUGUGAAGGGCUACACCCUUGCUGACGAAGAGGAGGAUCCCCUGAUUUAUCAGCACCGAAUGCUGAGAAGCAACCAGGGAGAGACGCUGACCAGUGGCCCUGUGGAAACAGGACCUAUGAAGAAAUUACACGUCAGCACCAUCAACUUGCAGAAGGCCUGGGGAGCAGCAAGAAGAGUCUCCAAAGAUGACUGGCUGGAAUGGCUGCGGCGGUUGAGCUUGGAGUUACUGAAAGAUUCCUCGUCGCCAUCCCUGCGCUCUUGCUGGGCCUUGGCUCAGGCCUAUAACCCUAUGGCCAGAGAUCUCUUCAAUGCUGCCUUCGUUUCCUGCUGGUCCGAGCUGAAUGAAGACCAACAGGAUGAGCUGAUCCGAAGCAUUGAGUUGGCCCUCACUUCUCAGGAUAUUGCUGAGGUGACUCAGACCCUGCUGAACUUGGCAGAAUUCAUGGAGCACAGUGACAAGGGUCCGUUGCCAUUAAGAGAUGAUAAUGGCAUUGUCCUGUUGGGGGAAAGAGCUGCCAAAUGCCGUGCCUAUGCUAAGGCCCUGCACUACAAAGAGCUGGAGUUUCAGAAGGGCCCCACCCCAGCUAUUCUGGAGUCUCUCAUCAGCAUUAACAAUAAGCUGCAGCAGCCUGAGGCAGCUGCUGGGGUGCUUGAGUAUGCCAUGAAGCACUUUGGGGAGCUGGAAAUCCAAGCUACCUGGUAUGAGAAGCUCCAUGAGUGGGAGGAUGCCCUUGUGGCCUAUGACAAGAAGAUGGACACAAACAAGGAUGAUCCUGAGCUGAUGCUGGGACGUAUGCGUUGCCUGGAAGCGCUUGGAGAAUGGGGGCAGCUUCAUCAGCAGUGCUGUGAAAAGUGGACGCUGGUGAAUGAUGAAACUCAAGCCAAGAUGGCUAGGAUGGCUGCUGCUGCUGCUUGGGGCUUAGGUCAAUGGGAUAGCAUGGAGGAAUAUACUUGCAUGAUCCCAAGGGACACCCAUGACGGUGCCUUCUACAGGGCUGUGCUGGCACUGCAUCAAGACCUCUUCUCAUUGGCUCAACAAUGCAUUGACAAGGCCAGAGACCUGCUAGAUGCUGAACUGACCGCCAUGGCAGGAGAGAGUUACAGUCGGGCCUAUGGGGCUAUGGUAUCCUGCCAGAUGCUAUCAGAGCUAGAAGAGGUGAUCCAGUAUAAACUUGUACCAGAACGACGCGAGAUCAUCCGCCAGAUAUGGUGGGAGCGACUGCAGGGCUGCCAGCGCAUUGUAGAGGACUGGCAGAGAAUACUUAUGGUCCGGUCUCUUGUUGUCAACCCCCACGAGGACAUGAGAACUUGGCUCAAGUACGCCAGCCUAUGUGGCAAGAGUGGGAGACUGGCUUUGGCCCACAAGACACUUGUACUACUCCUGGGAGUAGACCCAUCUCGACAGCUGGAUCACCCAUUGCCAACUGUUCAUCCCCAAGUGACUUAUGCCUACAUGAAACACAUGUGGAAGAGUGCCCGCAAGAUCGAUGCCUUCCAGCAUAUGCAGCACUUUGUGCAGACAAUGCAGCAACAAGCACAGCAUGCCAUCGCAACCGAAGACCAGCAGCACAAGCAGGAGCUCCACAAACUCAUGGCACGGUGUUUCCUGAAACUGGGCGAGUGGCAGCUUAAUCUGCAAGGCAUCAAUGAGAGCACUAUCCCCAAAGUCCUGCAGUACUACAGUGCCUCAACCGAGCACGACGGCAACUGGUACAAGGCCUGGCACGCCUGGGCAGUGAUGAACUUUGAGGCUGUGCUUCACUACAAACAUCAAAACCAGGCCAGAGAUGAGAAGAAGAAACUGCGUCAUGCCAGUGGAGCCAGCAUCACCAGCGCCAACACGGAGGGCAGCGGCAGCGACAGCGAGGCAGAGAGCACAGAGAACAGUCCCAUUCCAUCUCCUGUGCAAAAGAAAGUCACUGAGGAUUUGUCCAAGACCCUCUUGCUGUAUACAGUCCCUGCUGUCCAGGGUUUCUUCCGCUCUAUCUCUCUGUCUCGAGGCAACAAUCUACAGGACACUCUCAGGGUCCUUACUCUAUGGUUUGACUAUGGUCACUGGCCUGAUGUCAAUGAAGCUCUGGUUGAAGGGGUCAAGGCAAUCCAAAUAGACACCUGGCUGCAGGUGAUCCCUCAGCUCAUUGCAAGAAUCGAUACCCCUCGGCCUUUAGUGGGGCGCCUCAUUCACCAGCUCCUCACAGAUAUUGGAAGAUAUCACCCGCAGGCUUUGAUCUACCCCUUGACUGUGGCCUCUAAGUCCACCACAACUGCACGCCACAAUGCUGCCAAUAAGAUCCUGAAAAACAUGUGUGAGCACAGUAACACUCUGGUACAGCAGGCGAUGAUGGUGAGCGAAGAGCUGAUCCGUGUAGCCAUCCUCUGGCAUGAGAUGUGGCAUGAAGGGCUGGAAGAGGCAUCCCGUCUGUACUUUGGAGAGAGGAAUGUGAAGGGAAUGUUUGAGGUGCUGGAGCCACUCCAUGCUAUGAUGGAGCGUGGGCCCCAGACUCUCAAGGAAACGUCUUUCAAUCAGGCAUAUGGCAGAGACUUAAUGGAGGCUCAGGAAUGGUGCAGGAAGUACAUGAAAUCAGGAAAUGUCAAGGACCUCACCCAGGCCUGGGAUCUCUAUUACCAUGUGUUCAGGCGGAUCUCUAAGCAGCUGCCUCAGCUCACUUCCUUAGAACUACAGUAUGUGUCACCAAAACUCCUCAUGUGCCGGGAUUUGGAAUUAGCGGUGCCAGGAACAUAUGAUCCCAACCAGCCAAUCAUCCGCAUUCAAUCCAUUGCACCAUCGCUGCAGGUCAUCACGUCCAAGCAGAGGCCCAGGAAAUUGACAUUAAUGGGAAGCAACGGGCAUGAGUUUGUAUUCCUUCUGAAGGGCCAUGAGGACCUUCGCCAGGAUGAAAGAGUGAUGCAGCUCUUUGGACUAGUCAACACUCUGCUGGCCAAUGACCCGACAUCUCUGCGUAAAAACCUCAGCAUCCAGAGAUACGCAGUUAUUCCACUGUCUACAAACUCUGGCCUGAUUGGCUGGGUUCCCCACUGUGACACUCUGCACGCGCUCAUCCGAGACUACAGGGAAAAGAAAAAGAUCCUUCUCAACAUCGAACAUCGCAUCAUGCUGCGGAUGGCUCCAGACUACGACCACCUGACUUUGAUGCAGAAGGUGGAGGUGUUUGAACACGCUGUCAAUAAUACUGCUGGUGAUGAUCUUGCCAAACUGCUGUGGCUAAAAAGUCCCAGCUCUGAGGUGUGGUUUGACAGAAGAACUAAUUACACCCGCUCACUAGCUGUGAUGUCAAUGGUUGGGUACAUUUUGGGCCUUGGGGACAGACACCCUUCCAACCUGAUGCUAGACAGGCUGAGUGGAAAGAUCCUGCAUAUUGACUUUGGGGACUGUUUUGAGGUUGCAAUGACAAGAGAGAAGUUUCCUGAGAAGAUUCCAUUUAGACUUACAAGGAUGUUGACAAAUGCUAUGGAGGUGACUGGCCUGGAUGGUAACUACAGAAUCACCUGUCACACUGUGAUGGAAGUCCUGCGAGAACAUAAAGACAGUGUCAUGGCUGUGCUAGAGGCCUUUGUCUAUGACCCCUUACUGAACUGGAGGCUGAUGGACACAAAUACAAAAGGCAAUAAACGAUCACGAACAAGGACAGACUCCUAUUCAGCUAGUCAGUCAGUAGAAAUGUUGGAUAAUGUGGAGCUGGGUGAGACAGCUCAUAAGAAAACUGGGACCACAGUGCCUGAAUCCAUCCAUUCCUUCAUAGGGGAUGGGUUAGUGAAGCCAGAGGCUCUCAAUAAGAAGGCUAUUCAAAUUAUUAACAGGGUUCGAGAUAAACUCACUGGUCGAGACUUCUCUCAUGAUGAAACUCUGGAUGUACCCACACAAGUAGAAUUGCUUAUUAAGCAAGCUACUUCCCAUGAGAAUCUCUGCCAGUGCUACAUUGGAUGGUGUCCUUUUUGGUAACAGAAGAUUCCAGAGUAUCCACAGCCUUUAUUGGAGGCUUUUGCGCUCCAGAUAUAUUCUUCUACAAACUGAAAUCUUGGACUGAAAUACAGCCUGUCAAAUAUUUUGAAAUGUAAAUUAAGAGUUAUUGUAUAUUAAAAGUUGUUUAAGCAAUUCAUAGCUGCUGUUGAAAAACACAAGUUGAAACAUAAGACUUGAUUUGGGUUUCCAGAACAAUGAAGACUGACUAGACCACAAAUAUAUGGUUCACUUGGUCUUUGGGGAACUGGUGACCCAUUACAAAUAACACAAUACGGGUUUUGACUUAACUUACAAUGUAACUUACUAAAAUAUUUGCAGAUGAAUCAUUGCCCUGGUCAGUCCUGUUGGUGUGGCUGCAGUGAACUCAGUGCACUCAUGCAAGAAUCCUCAUUUAAGUGUGGGGACAGAGUUGGAGGGUAGAGAGCAAGAGGAAAGAAGCAGAGUUUUUCUGUCUGUAUUACCCCAUUAUCUCUCCUAUCCCAAAACUCUGUACACUCACCCAAAAUCAGAGGGAGGGGAUUGUAGUUGAAAGGUUUGUGUCUGACCCCAGUGGUGAUGUAACCAGCACAUUUCAGAGUAGAUCUGGAUAUAGGGGUAGAUCCAGGAUCGAAGACUCUGAGCCAGUCAAAGCAGGGUGGCUCAAAGAGAGUUGAUCUAUGGCAAGGAGGAUGCAAAGUAAACUCAGAAUACCACUUGCGAGCUUCCCACACUGGCGGACUAAAGAGCAGUAUUGGGAAUUAGGGAAAACUGAAUACUCAGCACAAAAAGCAGAAGGGAGGAGAACUGAUCAUACCUGGAAAUGGAGAAUAAUGGAUAUUAAACAUGAUGGUGAAGGUAAAUAAAGUUAUGAUUUAUUAAUAAAACAAAAUGCACAAAAUAUAAAGUGUAGCCAUGUUUAGAUGCCAUGUUGUAUUUGAAUAUUUUUGUGCCAAUAAAUUACACCAAAAUGUGUAAAAAGA